CUGUCCAUAUAAAAUGCCGGCCAAACAAAACCCAUCCAAGGCGCGCGUCCUCUCUUCCGUGUUUACGCGACACGUAACGUAAUUCAUUCCCCCAAACACUCAAUUCCAUUUUCUCUCUCUACAAUCUUUCUCUAUAUUUUCACGGUGUCUCUCUAAAAGAGUAAAGCCCAUGAUCCCAGAACUCACUUUUCACAAAUCGCACAAACAAACUUACCUCAAUUCCUAGCUCCCGAAUUUUAUAAAUGGUGAGAGACCAAAACACUUCACCACAACGCCUUGGUGGGCUACUCGUGGGAAAUUACUGCCACGACGUUCUUAUCCGAGACGGCGUCGUUGUGGGCGAGACUCUCGGUGGCGGCGCCGCCUUCAUCUCCGCCGUGCUCGAUGGGAUUUCGAUUCCGUAUAGUUUGGUCUCUAAAGUUGGACCAGACUUCGCCUAUACGACGUGUCGUAGCCCAAUCGUGAUACCCACAUCGAGAACGACUCUCUUCCACGCGCAUUUCCAUUCCGACAUCGACGGGAACGGGAACGAUGACCGGGUACUAAAACGGGUCACCGUCUGCGACCCGAUCGGGGCAUCGGAUCUUGAUACGGAAUCCAAAUUCGGUUUCGGAAUGGCUGUCGGUGUCGGCGGCGAGAUAAAACCCGAAACGCUGGAGCGAAUGGUGGACAUUUGUGAUUUAGUUUUGGUGGAUAUCCAGGCUUUGAUCCGAGAAUUCGAUGAAGAUGGGACUGUGAAGCUCGUGGGGUUGAAGGAAAGUGGGUUUUUCCACUUGUUGCCGAGAGUUGGGUUCUUGAAGGCUUCGGAAGAAGAGGCUGUGUAUAUGGAUGUGGAGGAGGUGAGGAAAAUGUGUUGUGUGGUGGUGACGCAUGGGAAAGAAGGGUGCAACGUGUAUUGGAAAGAUGGGGAAUUGGAAAUCAAGCCUUUUGAAGCGAAUCAGGUGGAUCCCACAGGUGCUGGGGAUAGUUUCUUAGGUGGGUUUGUGGCUGGCUUGGUUCAUGGCUUGCCUGUGCCUGAUGCUGCUUUGGUUGGCAACUUGUUUGGGUCUCUCACUGUUGCUCAAAUUGGAUUGCCCAUGUUUGAUUCCAGAUUGUUGCAGAGAGUUAAGGAUGAGGUGCAGAGGAGGAAGAUGCAGUUUACCACCAGCCAUGAAAUACAGGAUGAUGAGCUGAGGUUUGUGAAGCCAGCAGGGCAUGAACAGUUCCAUGCAUCCCUUGAUGCAGCCAAAGUAAUACCCACAUGCAUUUCUCAGGAAUGUCAAUGGGAUCUUCCAAGCUCUCCUCCCAGAGCAGUGGAAAAGGAUCCUAAACUAGUACUUAAUUCGAUUUAUGAGGAAAAACUUCACACAGUUGAGGAUAAACCUUGACAUAGAGCAGGCAUCUCUGUACAUCUCAUUUUCUGUACCAGAUAAUUGGGCUACCAUAGAGAUCUCUUUGCACAGGGUGUUUUUUGGUUGUUCAAUCAGAAAUUCUGGAAUCACUUAUUGGCAAAUUAAAGCUGUAAAUGCCUUUUUAAGCAAGAAAGGUUCUUAGUUUUGUGUUUGUCAGUGGGCUGCAUUGGGUUGUGCCUGGACUGAGAAUGUAUUGGCCCCAGGUACCCUGCGUCUGAUCACUAAUGUAGGUUUAACUGCCAAAGCGAAUGUAAGAGAUUGCUCGAACUUGUCGAGAUCACAAUCUAGGUAUGGCAAUAGGUUCUGAUCAGAAUUCUGUUUUAAUAAAAUGGUGAUCUUCACCGAUCUCAAUGUUUUACUCACAUUCAAAUACGAAGGACACAUUGAUAUUCCAGUGUA